AUGGCGGCGCGUCUCUACGCAGCGUCAUAUGCGGGCAAAUUGACAUCGCUUAGCCUGGAAGCGUCUGGCGAAGGCUAUCAAUUGAUGACGGUCUCUGAGACAACCGAUUGCGGCACGAGCCCCUCGUGGCUGAUGCUGGAUAGGGAGAAUGAUUUUAUGUAUUGUCUGGACGAAGGCAUUGAUCGCCCUAAUUCCACGCUGUCCUCCUUCAAGCUCCAUUCGGAUGGCUCGUUCGCAAAGGUUGAGCAACUUCAAACUUUGGUAGGGCCGGUUGCGUCUGCGUUUUAUACACCAACCCAACAACCAGACCAGAGAUUCUUUGCCGUCGCGCACUACGGUCGCUUCAACCACUCUCAAUCCUUCACAUUCGCCAUGCCCGCCCCCGGGCCAGUCCCUGAGCGACAAGACGCGCCACAUCCCCAUGGAGUGGUGGUCGACCCGUCUGGGCAGUUUAUCCUUGUUCCGGAUCUAGGAGCUGACCUUGUCCGUAUCUUCCGCAUAUGCCCAACCACAGGCCAUCUGGAGCAGCACCAGCCACUGGUUGUGGCUCCGGGCUCCGGCCCACGACAUGCCGUCUUCUGGGUUCCUAGGAACGAACGCCGGAUUCGACCGAAGAACGUCCGCUUGUAUCUGGUGACGGAGCUUGACAAUUCUCUGACGGGGUACGACAUGACAUAUUCAAAUAAUGGCACAAUUCUAUUCUCGGAAUUCUAUGUGGGGAGCACGUACGGCGGAUCAACCCCUCCAGCUGGCUCAAAGGUCGCAGAGAUUGCCAUCUCGCCGGGCAAUGAUCGUAUCGUGAUAUCGAAUCGCAACGAUAACACUUUUGGGCCAAGAAAUGACUCUAUAGCGAUCUUCGCCCUUAGCAGUCAGGCACAAUCCUCCUCCACCUCCUUUGUGGGACUAUACCCGUCUUUUGGGUCUUUCCCGCGCCAGUUUGAUAUUUAUGCGGAAGAGGGGAUGGUGGCGAUAGCACAGCAGAACAGCCGCAAGGUAUCGGUAGUCAAAUGGGACGGGGUUAAUGAUACUCUUGGGUCGCUACUAGCGGAGAAGGAAUUUGAUGGAGAAAUUCCUGCUGUGGUGUGGGCGUUUUGA